AUGAAGCUGGGCAAGCUGGCCUUCACGAUGCUGGAGAAAAACCAGAUGGUCAUUGGCAAGGACACCUUGAAGGACUGCGGGGUGGACGUCGCUGAGGCAGUCACCAAGAGCGGUCUGUGCAUUGAGUUCCUGAUCGAGCAGUUUGUCAUGUACCAGGAGAGGAUCCAGACCUUCAUCCACCCCACCAUCCAAGAAUACCUGGCUGCCCUCUACGUGUUCCUCACCUGGAGGUGCACAGGGCAGAACGUCCUGCAGCAGCCGCUGAAGAGCAAGUUCUCACGCAUGUUCAAGGACCCUGGGCUGCUGGACAUGCACCGCAGCGCUAUAGAGAGGAGCUUGCAGAGCCCCGAUGGAAACCUGGAUGUUUUCCUGCGCUUCCUGUUGGGCAUGGCCCAGACAGCCAAUCAGGAGCUGCUGCAACGCUUCCUACCCAAUAUGAACAAAUGCUCGUCUGUCUCUGAGGAGACAGCCGCCAUCAUCAGGAAGAAGAUCAAAGAGAACCACCACCCUGACAGGAACGCCAACCUGCAGUGCUGCCUGGACGAGCUGGGUGUUGGUGCUGAAGCUCGCAGCCGCAGCCGCUCGAACUCUGUGAAGAACCACUGACUGACAAUACUCUGACUACAGUAUUUAUAAAGACAAAGAGUGUCAUUAGGUUUGAAAUAUGGGUUGUAUUCUUUACAGUAUAGUUUGACAAACUUUCAUAAGGGAAUUGGGGAAGAAAGAUAUGGAUACUUCAGGGUUGCUUUGUAACAAAAUACUCAUAACUGUGGUAAGUAUGAGUAAAUAUGUAAUGAGAAAAGUAGCCACAAGGUGGCAGUAGCAUUCAACUACUAUACUACUGAGACAUGGGCAGUAAAGUCACUCAGCUACUGUGAGGGGUUAUAAAAAGAGUAAAAAUAGAUUUAUAGGCAGUCACACAUGUAUUGACUGUAUAUUAAUAUAACAUUGUCAUUAUGAUGCUUAUUAUUACACCAGAGAUGGGCAACUUUGGUGGGGGUGACAAAAAUCGGAGCUCAUGACGGGCCGCAGUAGCUCACAGCCAUACCCACACAUGCAGUCAGAGCCAACCCCUAGCCUUUUGCAGGCAAAACAUUUUAGUGGCCCCCCUCUUGACAGUGGAGAGAAACAAUUUAAUUUCCUGGACUUAGAGCAAAUGUUGCAGUUUUAAAGCAAGUUUGCUGCAAUUCUACUCAUUUUGCCAUGGGGCAGAGAAAAAAUAGCAUUUUUACAGCUAAUUUUCUGCAAUUCUACACAUUUUGCCAUAGGGUGAAGAGAAAUAUUAGCUGUUUUUUAUACACUUAAACAACACAAUGUAACUCCAAGUCAAUCACACUUCUGUGAAAUCAAACUGUCCACUUAGGAAGCAACACUGAUUGACAAUACAUUUCACAUGCUGUUGUGCAAAUGGAAUAGACAACAGGUGAAAAUUAUAGGCAAUUAGCAAGACACCCCCAAUAAAGGACUGGUUUUGCAGGUGGUGACCACAGACCACUUCUCAGUUCCUAUGCUUCCUGGCUGAUGUUUUGGUCACUUUUGAAUGCUGGCGGUGCUUUCACUCUAGUGGUAGCAUGAGACGGAGUCUACAACCCACACAAGUGGCUCAGGUAGUGCAGCUCAUCCAGGAUGGCACAUCAAUGCGAGCUGUGGCAAGAAGGUUUGCUGUGUCUGUCAGCGUAGUGUCCAGAGCAUGGAGGCGCUACCAGGAGACAGGCCAGUACAUCAGGAGACGUGUAGGAGGCCAUAGGAGGGCAACAACCCAGCAGCAGGACUGCUACCUCCGCCUUUGUGCAAGGAGGAGCAGGCGGAGCACUGCCAGAGCCCUGCAAAAUGACCUCCAGCAGGCCACAAAUGUGCAUGUGUCUGCUCAAACGGUCAGAAACAUACUCCAUGAGGGUGGUAUGAGGGCCCGACGUCCACAGGUGGGGGUUGUGCUUACAGCCCAACACCGUGCAGGACGUUUGGCAUUUGCCAGAGAACACCAAGAUUGGCAAAUUCGCAACUGGCGCCCUGUGCUCUUCACAGAUGAAAGCAGGUUCACACUGAGCACGUGACAGAGUCUGGAGACGCCGUGGAGAACGUUCUGCUGCCUGCAACAUCCUCCAGCAUGACCGGUUUGGCGGUGGGUCAGUCAUGGUGUGGGGUGGCAUUUCUUUGGGGGGCCGCACAGCCCUCCAUGUGCUCGCCAGAGGUAGCCUGACUGCCAUUAGGUACCGAGAUGAGAUCCUCAGACCCCUUGUGAGACCAUAUGCUGGUGCGGUUGGCCCUGGGUUCCUCCUAAUGCAAGACAAUGCUAGACUGUGGCUGGAGUGUGUCAGCAGUUCCUGCAAGAGGAAGGCAUUGAUGCUAUGGACUGGCCCGCCCGUUCCCCAGACCUGAAUCCAAUUGAGCACAUCUGGGACAUCAUGUCUCGCUCCAUCCACCAACGCCACGUUGCACCAUAGACUGUCCAGGAGUUGGCGGAUGCUUUAGUCCAGGUCUGGGAGGAGAUCCCUCAGGAGACCAUCCGCCACCUCAUCAGGAGCAUGCCCGGCGUUGUAGGGAGGUCAUACAGGCACGUGGAGGCCACACACACUACUGAGCCUCAUUUUGACUUGUUUUAAGGACAUUACAUCAAAGUUGGAUCAGCCUGUAGUGUGGUUUUCCAGUUUCAUUUUGAGGGUGACUCCAAAUCCAGACCUCCAUGGGUUGAUGCAUUUUAUUUCCAUUGAUCAUUUGUGUGAUUUUGUUGUCAGCACAUUCAACUAUGUAAAUAAAAAAGUAUUUAAUAAGAUUAUUUCAUUCAUUCAGAUCUAGGAUGUGUUAUUUUAGUGUUCCCUUUAUUUUUUUGAGCAGUGUAUACCUGAGUUACUAACAAAAUCAAUGGGGGCCCCUGGUCGAUAAUUCGACCAUGAUUACUACAACUUUAGAUAGCUGGCUCAACUAACUUACCAAUCUAAAAAAUGUUAGCGGACAUGGGCUAAUUGAGUGACUAUCAGUGACUGACAUAAGAGAGAAAUUGCUGAUUCAACCACAUUUCUAAAUUGCACAUUGCAGGGUUGAGUCAAUUCCAUUUAAAUUCCAGUAAAUUCUAAGAAAACCCAAUUCCACAUUUCUCAUUGAAAAGCAAUGGAGUAGGAAAUUUCAUUGUACUUCGUGAAUUGAAAUGGAAUUGACCCUGGCAUGUUGUGUAUUCUACUAUUCUAACUCUCAACAGUAAAUUGAGACCCUGACUGAGUUCCUAAAAAAAAAUACAAAAACAUUUGGAAAUUGAUCCGCAGGCCUUCAGAAGGGGUCCUCCCUGCUUUACACAAUAGUGAGCUGAUGCACUGUUAUCAGUGUUUUAUAUGAGCUUACAAGGUGCACACAAAUGACAUGAUGCAACCUUAUUUGCAAUGGCUGCCUACUACCAGAACAGUUAUGGUCUCACUGUAAUAUGAUAAAACACAAUUGAAUCAAUUUCUAACAAAUGUGAAAAAAAUAAGGACAUAUGAAGAGAAGUUCCCUCUAAACUAAACUGUCUUUAAUCUAGGCUACAGAGUCUGUGCAACAACAAAAACAACUUGUCAACAAUUUAAUGUAUUUUCUUAUCCAUCCCUAUUAUUUGAGUCCUCAACAUUGCAUUAGAAUCCAUAUUUGACUUAUCACUAGAUGGCGCAAUAGUUGUUGUUGACCGAAGUAUGGAUGAUACACAAGUGGACUAAGACUCAUUUCUUGCAAGCGUGGUUUCGUUUUUUUCUCUGAUCCUUUAUCCUAUGUUUCUUCUUGAGUUCCUUUCUCGGUUUCCCCAGGUGUUUUGAGUUGGGAGUGAGUGAAGGACGAGGGGAGAGGACUUGAGGUAAUGAGGGAAAACUAGCCUUGUGAUUGGGCAUCAGUGUGACAGUCCUUUGGUCAAGCCCAGCCAGGCUUCUUAUCACACAGGUAAAAGUGGACCUGAAAUCUUCUGCAGUCACGUUCUUGAACACCAGACUCCUCUGGAUCACCCUGCCGUCCUCUGAGGCUGAUCUGAAACCACAUUUACAACACUUAGCCAACACUCCCUCCACAUAUUAUAUCGUACAACAGCUGAACAGAACACAUACUGUAGACUUUGCGUACUCUACAUGUGUGGUCCAAAUAUGGAAAGAGUAGUAUAGUAUUAACAGCAUUGUUAAAGGGUAGAAAGUAAGGGACAUGGUUUUGUGUGAAGACAAACCCCAGUACUUACUCCUCUGUUUCUGAUACUCUGCCAUCAGUGUAGGCUACCUCUGGGAAGAUUCUGUUGACCAGCCAGUAGACAAGGGUAAAGUCAUCAGGAAGGCCUGGGUCUGCCUUACAUUCAAUAACCAACUGCUCCCCUGUAUAUGACAAACACAUCCUGUUUGUUAAAAACGGUGGUUCUUAACCAACACCAGAAUAGAAUUCUCAGACCGCACACCCAGAUUCUAAAACACUGAGGCGAAGACCAGGUUGUCUGCGAGUUUAAACACUCGAGAAUAUCCACUAUUGAUAUAAGCCACUUUCAUGAAAACGUAAAAAAUAACAGAUGGCAGAAUUCUUUACCUAGACCAGCUCUUAUUUUGGACCUAUGGGGCUGGAGGAUUCUGGGACCCAGCAUCUCUAUGGAAUCUGGACAAUAACAUCUGAAGUUAGAGAGACACUUUGAAACGUUAAAAAAAUUAUGUAUGCAGGAAGAUAGACUGACAGACCUGCAGUGGCCUCUGAGCGUAGGACCCCAAUACAUCCCAUGAAGGCUGUAGUGAAGAGAUGGAGGACACCAUCAGCCAUUGCGAAACACAGGCACAUACAGAAAAUGUAGAUCCAUAUUCAGCAGAAAAAUGCACAUUCCCAUACUCCGCAUACGUCAGUGAACGUGUGUGAGAAUGUUAGAGGAUCUCUUACCUGUGAGAAGAAUCGUCAACUCCAUACUGGCUUCAGUCUGACUACUGUGUGAGUUGGUCAACAAAGCUGGUUGUAACAACACUGUCAUUUACUUACUAUAUAUGCACAGUUACUUCCCCUUAACCCACGCGUACCAAGAACACACGCAUAAAGGGAAUUCCCUGUAAAGUUAUUUUGCAGAUUCAUGUUAGACAGUCAAGAUUAAAUGAGUUAAGUGAGAUUUUGACCUCAAAUGUGACUUCUGACAUAUUCAGGUCACAUUUCUCAUGUGUAAUAUACCCUCUACCAUAUGACUUAAGUGAGACUCAUUUAACACACGGACAUGAAUCAUAUAACAAAAUAUAUUUUUACUGUUUACCUAUAUUUAUCACAGGAGCAGUCUAAAAAGAGAUCAUAUUUCAAUGGCCACACCCAAUCCUAGUCCAGGGUGGCAUGGCUGGCAUCAGUCUGGUAUGUUUCUUUAUACGACGAGAACUAUAUUGCAUCUUAACGGAAUAGGAAGUAUAAUAUUCUGGAAAUGAUACACAAAAUCCCCCAGGUCAUGACUCUAUACUAGUGAAUCUGGUCUAAAUGAAGUAAUGUCCACCUGAUCUUGACUGUCUCACGUUUAAUAACAGACAAUCAAGAAAACUAAAACAUGACAAAAAAGUAAACCGACAACCGAAAUGAUCAAAUUAUAUUCACCUUUUUGCAUACAGUCUUUUACAGUACCUAUUUCUUGAGUCAUCUGGGCUGAACACAGACAGGAGAGGCUGUCUGAGAGAGGCGUGAGAUGGACAUAUUGGAAAGGGCAGUUCCCCUCUUAAAGAGAUGGCAGUCUGUAGUAGGAUAGGACACACUGUCUUGAGACCAGUGCUCCUGAGGGACCAGAAACCCUCACCCCAGAAGCCACAUUCAACCAGGACCUCCACUAACAAAAGGUGCAGAUUUAACACACAAAAUGAAGACUGGCACUCUACAACGCUUCACUCACUCAUCUGGGCUGUGUUAACCACUCAUUACCGUAGAAACCAACAAAUAUCAACAACAAACGUUAAGACAAAUGAUUUUUGAAAAAGCAUCUCCAUCAAAAAACUGAGGACCAUUUUACUAAGUGAUGAAAUGUACACUGCAUUUGUUUAAAAAGUUGUGAUUGACUAAACAAAAAUACAAUAAAACAGACAUCCAAACCCAGGUUACUAGUAAAAUUCUAAUAAAUCUUAAAUACAGAUACUAUGUGCCUAUAAAUAUAUACAAAUAGUACAUGUAUAGACACAGUUUAUAAUAGAUGUUCUUAUAGUCCAUGGUGAGGCCUCCUAGUCUCUGUCAGGCCAGUGCAGUAUCUACCAUCUCCAUACGGCUUGUGUGUCCCUCUCCACUCUCCCAGGUCACUCCAGCCCCAGGAUGUAGUUGAUGCCUUGCACAAGUCCAAUGAUUACUGGUUGCCAAGCGACAAG